CUCUUCCCUCUCUCCAACAAGUCUCCCCCUUUCCCUCUGUUAAGUCUCAAUCAAGUCGCUUUCAACAGACAUGGCAGCAGCGUUGGUUGACAAGAUCAUGAAGCUCGGCCUCGGCCUUGCGAUUGCUGGCGGCGUUGCUCAAACCGCCCUCUUCAACGUCGAGGGCGGCCACCGCGCUGUCAUCUUGGAUCAGUUCGCGGGUAUCAAGCCCGACGUGUUUGGAGAAGGCACGCACUUCAAGGUGCCGUACGUGCAAAAGCCCAUCUUUUUCGACGUGCGCUCGCAGCCCCGCUCCAUCCCGACCGUGACUGGCUCGAAGGAUCUCCAGAACGUCAACAUUACCCUGCGCAUCUUGUACCGACCGCGCAUCGACCAGCUGCCCCACAUUGUCAAGACGCUUGGCCCCACCUACGACGAGGUUGUGCUGCCCUCGAUUGCCAACGAGGUCCUCAAGUCGGUUGUCGCGCAGUUUGACGCUGGCGAGCUCAUCACACAACGCGAGACUGUCUCGGCCCGCGUGCGCGAGCACCUCACAUCGCGUGCCGGCGAGUUUAACAUUCUCCUUGACGACAUUUCCAUCACCCACCUUGCCUUCGGCAAGGAAUUCACCGCAGCCGUCGAAAUGAAGCAGGUCGCCCAGCAGGACGCCGAGCGUGCCCGCUUUGUUGUCGAGCUUGCAGAGCAGAACAAGCUUGCCUCCAUCAUCCGCGCCGAGGGUGACUCCAAGGCUGCCGAGCUGGGUUGCCACCCGCUUUGCAAGAGUCCGGCCCCGGUCUCGUCGAGCUGCGCAAGAUUGACGCUGCCAAGGAAAUUAGCGCCACCCUCGCGCGCUCGCGUAACGUGGUAUACCUUCCCAGCGGCAACGGCACUCUCAUGAACAUUCCAGUUGAGCGAUCAACUUAAACAGAAUUGGGCAAAAGCCAAAAAAAUGUAUUGCUCUGCUUCAUCCUUUUGCUUAAAAUACAGUUUUUACAAAUUGAAUAUAUAGG